GCACCCUCUAGGAAGUCAGCAACAAGAUGGCGUCAGCGUCGGAUCCGCAGGUUGAAGACACCGAUUUGGAUGAAUUAUUGGACAGUGCCCUCGAUGACUUUGAGAAGACAAACGUUCCACCUUCUGCCCCAGAGGCAGCUGCUGGGCCAAAUGCAGAAAAGGCAGAUGGGAAGAAGCCCCCUCUGCUGGAAGACAGUCAGUUUUUUGAGUCCCUGUUUGAGGGGGAGAUGGCGAACCAGGCCAAAGAGGAGUGGGAGAGGGCAAUGGCUGAGCUUGCCCAGGAAGAGCCAGAGCUGCUGCAGCAUUUUCAAAAACUGUCUGAAGCAGCAGGGAAAGUCGGCACUGAUGUAGCUUCACAGCAGGUGUUCACCUCAUGUCUAAAAGACACCCUCAGUGGACUGGCAAAAAAUGCAGACUACUUGCAGAAUUCAGGUUUAGCUGGAGACGACCUGGCAAAGACAUUAGAAGGAUUGGGAUUAGAGGACAAUGGAGAAGGAGGAGGAGGAGGAGGAGGAGGUGGAGGAGGUGGAGAGGAUGGAAAUAUUCUACCCAUAAUGCAAUCGAUUAUGCAAAAUUUGCUCUCCAAGGACGUUCUUUACCCAUCACUCAAAGAGAUUACACAGAAGUAUCCUGAGUGGUUAAACAGCAACAAAGAAUCUCUCCCUGCGGAGGAGUUCAGUCGAUAUGAGCAGCAACACAAGAUCAUGGGAGACAUUUGUUCCCAGUUUGAGAACGAUGGGGAUCAGGAAAGCACUUUUGAGAAUAUUCUAGAUCUAAUGCAGAAGCUGCAAGAUCUGGGACAACCACCAAAAGAGUUAGCAGGAGAAGCGCCUCCUGGCCUGAACUUCGACAUGGAAUCGUUGAAUAUCCCAGGAGCGCCUGGGGCUGGAGCUGCUGAGCAGUGCUCAAUUAUGUGAUGUGUCAUGAGGCACUACAUCAGGUGUCACAAUACUGUGUCACAAAGCCUGCUCCAGGAGGAUGUGGAACUAGAAGUCAGACCCAUAUCUGACGUGACAUGACAUGACAUGACAUAACAUAAUAUGACAUGAUCUGAUCUGUUCUGUUCUGUUGUGAAUACUUUCAGGGGGGGAGCUCUGAGUAUACAAAUUUACAUUGUGGAUGCAGGCAAGACCCCAGUGUAGUGCCUACCCCUGGUGGGAAAAAAAGUCUCUUUUUCACUGAUCGAACAUUCACAAGAAAAGAGCCGCUCUUGGAAUCUAUCACUUAACUUUAAUCACCUCUUUGCAAUCUUAAUUGGUUAGAAGGCUCAAGUAAUGACUGAUCAGUUUUGAUCAUCUCAUGGUUGCAGAUAAAUGGAAUUGGCAGAAUGGUAAACAAUGCACUACAUGAUUCUGUGUGGUUUCAGCUGGCGUGCCAAUAACCUCAGACUCACCUGGGUCCUGAGCUCAGUCUUGUCUGUAAUGGGAUCAGGAGGAGGAUGUGUGGACAUUAAUGUAAUUAACUUAAGAAUGGAUACAAGGCCUCACUGAGAAUGACCGACCGGUACCACUAUAAACCUCAGGGUAGCAAUACUGUUUCACUCACCUCUGGGGUCUUUUGUUUAUGCUACACCAUGGCUAGUUCUUAAAAUAAAUAUAAAAAGUGAAUUAAAAAUUAAUUUACAUUGUUUUAACUAACCAAGUCAAAAAGAUGGACUAUUAAACAUGUUUAUAUAACCAGCAUCUUCACAAAUUCAGAGAAAUCUAACAUUCCGAUUUCCUAGAAAACACCACUAAACACAUUAGAUGUUGAAUACCAUUCACAUUCUGAUUUUCUUUCAGUCUGCAAUGGUGUAAUAGUGACAAUGGAAAGGACAUCAUGGAUUUUGAAUAUAUUCACUACAUCCAGAUAUCAUUAAUUACUCUGAAAUCCCGAUGACUUCUGAUCAAAAAGAAAACCGUGAUGAGGAAAUAAAUUAUUUGGAAUUCA